AGUUUUGAAGAGAACGAAGAAUUCAACGCCAGAGUUUCGGUUUUUAACAAAACGUUUCCAGGCAAGGGGGCGACCGUCAGCGACUCCAACUUCUUUAUGGACACUGUGCUCGAGGUGCAUCUACCAGGCCUCAUCAGACACAAUCCUUCCCUCUACCCCGAGACGUUGAUUCACACCCACAGCUUCGAGAUUUUGUCAGAUGACUGCUUGGUUCGAGACCUGAAGGUGAACCUCACUGAGGGUGCUGUCAAGGGAUUGGAUGUUGCGACCAGCCGUCUCGGAACCUGCGGCCAGCCGUUUGAUGUGUGGGGAACAACGACGAUAUUCUGCUAUCUUGAACUGUCUGGACUCCAGGUAACAUACACGGCAAAGACUAUGGAGGAUGCCAUUCUUGCUACAAGCAACAGCGUCUCCGUCGAUGUAUCGGCGGACAGUGUAGGGGCUUUCAUUCUGGCGAGCGUUAACAGAAGAAAAGAAGAAAGCGUGACGACCUUCACCAUGGGCCCCAUCUCUCUUCUUGUCAAUUACGACAGCAACUUUCACAUGAGCUCUGCACAGCACCGAGAGUUUGUCCAAGAAGUCAGCCAGUACACCCGUUUAGAGCUCACCAAGAUUCUCCGCGGGAGCUACUUGAGAGUUCUUCGGCAGGCCGUGGCAUCUACUUUCUUUUCCCACACCAGUAUUCCCAACAAUGAGGGACAUUGUCCACUGGCGCCAUCUUGCUCCAGACGCGGCUACCCUGUAAACAUUUCAGUGAGAAAGUUCAUUUUCUCGCCAUAAAAUAAAAACAAAAAAUGCACAGGUA